GAUCAUCUGUCAAAAUGCAUUUCUAUCUGAACGUUUUGUAACGUUGCACCUUUCUAAACAGAGCCCGGUUUCUUCACACGCCAUCUGAUUGGUGGCGCUUGUUACCAUGGUCCUGUGUAAAACAGAAGUUGUGAUUUAUUUACAGAGGCUCUUGCUUGCCUUUCCCACGUUUUCCUGCUAUCCUAAACAGCUCCAGACUGUUGUUGGAGACGGUAGCGUUACUAAAUGUCUUUCUUCGGGAUAACGAAUUUGGGCUAUCAAAACCCCAUCGGAGACAAUAUGUUAGUGAGUCUAAGAUUGUCUGCUUCUCCCGGUGAUGAGGUGGAUUCAAGGAGCUGGGCUAAACAGUCAGGACUGCCCUCUAUCCAAGACCAGAGGGGACCCCCAAAAUGCACUGAUACCGGCAGUAUCUACAACCAGCCUUCUCCCUUCAGCCCAGACAUACACCAAGGGAGCCAGGGGCGAUACAGAGAGAUGCUCAAACGGGUUCAGAUACCAAGAUCCCCGAAUCAGCUGUACUCAGUGCCCCUGACAGACAGCCAGCAGUGUGGAUGGUGGAUGUCUAAUGGAGGCCAAGGAAAGAUGCAUGAACCCUGGACCCAAGUCAGACGAUUCCCCCGCAAGAACAGUGAAAUGACCAAGUUUGUGAAAGAGAUGUCAAUGACGGACCGAGAGUUCAGCUUAUUCUGAUUUCCACUCCUGCAGUAACACACACAAUCCCAUCCAAAGACCUCUGGGACCUUUACACUGUAAAGGCUAUUGUGGUUUAAUAAACUGAGACAUUUUCAUCAUAGCAUGUUAUUUAUUUUUGUGAGCUACUGUAUCAGGUUGUCAAUUGACCUCUGCCUUUCAACUGGUAAAAUUGAGCUGUUACCUCUCUCUAGAGGAAUACAAUUGUAAUGCGCUUGAGGAAAUAAGACUAUUUUGUUUCAAUAAUUAGUUAUUGUCACUCAGUAAGGUCAUUCAUUCGACCUUGAGGAUAGUCAGUUACUAUCUCGGAUCAGAUACGAUAUUAUGACUGAAAAGUGUCUAGCCAAAUAUUUGAUACGGCAUGCUUGUAUAUUUAGUAAAGCUUGUAUUUUGCAUACUUUCAGUACAUUAACUAAAUCAAUAAAAUGAUAAAUGUU